AUGGCUCGUACAAAGCAGACUGCUCGCAAAUCCACCGGAGGGAAAGCCCCGCGUAAGCAACUGGCCACCAAGGCGGCUCGUAAGAGCGCUCCCGCUACCGGUGGCGUGAAGAAGCCUCACCGCUACCGACCUGGUACUGUAGCUCUUCGGGAGAUCCGACGCUAUCAGAAGUCGACAGAGCUCUUAAUCCGUAAAUUGCCCUUUCAACGGCUGGUACGUGAGAUCGCACAGGAUUUUAAGACCGAUCUUCGCUUCCAGAGCUCAGCUGUCAUGGCUUUGCAGGAAGCCAGUGAAGCCUAUUUAGUAGGGCUCUUCGAAGACACGAAUUUAUGUGCCAUCCAUGCAAAACGGGUAACGAUCAUGCCCAAGGAUAUACAGUUGGCCCGUCGUAUCCGAGGGGAGAGACAGCAGGCGCACAGCAGUCUGGAUCUCCCGGGAAGUGAUGGUGGAGCGCUUGUUGUAGUGCGCCAGGCGGGAAGCCUCGCCGGCGAUGCGCUCGAAGAUGUCGUUGACGAAAGAAUUCAUGAUGCCCAUAGCCUUGGACGAAAUGCCCGUGUCCGGGUGGACCUGCUUCAGCACCUUGUACACGUAGAUAGAGUAACUCUCCUUGCGACUACGCUUGCGCUUCUUGCCAUCUUUCUUUUGCGCUUUGGUCACCGCCUUCUUAGAACCCUUUUUCGGGGCAGGAGCAGACUUGGACGUGGAAAGCAAGGUGGCAAGGCUCGCGCCAAGGCCAAGACACGCUCUUCUCGGGCCGGUUUGCAGUUUCCAGUGGGCCGUGUACAUCGUCUUCUUCGUAAAGGCAGUUACUCGGAGCGAGUAGGAGCUGGGGCACCCGUGUACUUGGCUGCUGUCUUAGAGUACCUUACUGCUGAGAUCUUGGAGCUCGCAGGCAAUGCGGCUCGGGAUAACAAGAAGACCCGAAUAAUCCCCCGGCACCUUCAGCUGGCCAUCCGCAAUGACGAGGAACUCAACAAGUUGCUAGGCAAAGUUACCAUUGCUCAGGGUGGAGUCCUGCCUAACAUUCAGGCUGUGCUGUUGCCCAAAAAGACCGAAAGUCAUCAUAAAAGCAAAGAUCGGGGUGCAUCCCGGGUGAGAAUGGCAUCGGGAGGUUGCAUGCCCAUUUACCACCAAAUGAUGAUUGCUAUUAUCCUUACUAUUCUGGACUCGCGCUUUAAGAUGGCUCGUACUAAGCAAACAGCUCGUAAGUCUACUGGCGGCAAAGCACCCCGCAAGCAGUUGGCUACCAAGGCUGCUCGGAAGAGCGCUCCGGCUACAGGCGGCGUGAAGAAACCUCACCGCUACAGACCUGGCACCGUGGCGCUGAGAGAGAUCCGGCGCUACCAGAAGUCUACAGAGCUGCUGAUCCGCAAGCUCCCCUUCCAGCGGCUGGUUCGAGAGAUCGCCCAGGACUUCAAGACAGAUCUGCGCUUCCAGAGUUCGGCUGUGAUGGCCUUGCAGGAGGCCAGUGAAUCCUACCUUGUGGGACUUUUUGAGGACACAAAUCUGUGCGCCAUCCAUGCCAAGCGGGUGACUAUCAUGCCAAAGGAUAUCCAGCUUGCUCGCCGCAUUCGUGGAGAAAGGGCUUAAGCCAGGACAAGAAAUCCAAAAGGCUCUUUUAAGAGCCACCUAUAUUUUCACUGAGAGUUGUAAUGUCACUUGUGCUACAUUAAGGAAGUGAAACUAGUAGUGAAAAUUUGUUUUAAGGCAAGAUGUUAAAGCUGAGCUGGUAAGUUCAAUUUUGAUUAUAAAGCAGUGCAAUACCUUUGGGUUUUUUUCCCUGUGUGGCUUUCCCGUUUGAAUUGCAGCACUUUAAACCAAACAUGUAAAUAAGGCUAGAAGUUAAAAUUUAUUUUUUUAAACCCCCUUUGUUCUAAAAGCGAAAUUUGCCUAAAGGGCCUUAAAUGUUGAUAGUGUCUUGUCAUUAAAAUGCAAUAAUACCCUUAAUACUUUUUUGAGGUUUUUGUUCAAAUGCUCAGUUUUCGUAAAGGUCUGGUGCCCAGUUUGUGGUGACAAGGCCUGUAGUAGUAGGCAUAGUAACCGAACUGAGAAGGGAGCUCUUAGUUUUUUUUUUUGUUUCUGUUUUUUAAGAUUGGGUUCGACAAAACUGUGGGUGGAUUUGAGGAAGGAUGUGGCCCAGUAGUAGACUUAGCACUAGGCUUGCUUGAAAUCCACACAUCCAUUCUCAGACACUAUAGUGUGUCCAGUGUAAAUUACAUCCUAUCUCAAUUCCUUGUCUAAAGUGAGAGGCAAAACCAUUCUAAUAAACUUGCCAAGAAAACUCCAAAUGGGGUCCAAAAGAGCUGAACAAUAGUUUGUUUCUUUU